GUCACAUGAACACCGGCUAAAGACGUAAACUGCAACUGCAAAAGGUUCUGCAUUAAUUACCGGCUUUUAACCAGGUGUGAUGGCUGCCUCCAAUGAAGCUAUGAAGUCUGAGAUUGCAUCAGGUGCACCUCGGCUGAGACUGAAUCUAAACGAACCAAAAUGGGAUCAAUCCACCUACCUGGGACGAGCUCAACAUUUCUUCACCGUGACCAACCCCCUGAAUGCAUUUCUAAUGAACAGCCAACUUGAUGAGGCCAAGGCGUUGGUUCAAGCAUACAAAAACGGUCGAGUAAUGCCUAAUGUGACGGACUCAGAGAUCUGGACGGCAAAGUACAGGUACGACUCUGCCUUCCACCCGGACACUAAGGAGAAGAUGACAUUAAUAGGGAGGAUGUCGGCCCAGGUACCUAUGAAUAUGACCAUCACUGGCUGCAUGCUCACUUUCUACAGAACAACACCAGCAGUGUUAUUUUGGCAGUGGAUCAAUCAAUCUUUUAAUGCCAUCGUUAACUAUACAAACAGAAGCGGGGCCUCACCUUUAUCAGUCAAUCAGUUGGGAUUAUCCUAUGUACUAGCCACAACAGGUGCAGUCACAACAGCAGUGGGUCUGAACAGCGUAGUCAAAAAAGCACCGGCAAUUGUUGGUCGCUUUGUUCCCUUUGUUGCCGUAGCAGCCGCCAACUGCAUCAAUAUCCCAAUGAUGAGGAAACAGGAGUUACAGAGCGGGAUCACUGUGUUCGAUGAGGAAGGUAACCGCUUAGGGGAGUCGACAAAAGCCGCCCGCAGCGCCAUCGGACAGGUCGUCUUCUCUAGAAUAUGCAUGGCUCUUCCAGGCAUGAGCAUCCCACCAUUAAUCAUGAGCAAGUUGGAAAAGGGUGCAUUUCUGAAGCGCUACCCAGUUAUGAACGCACCAAUACAAGUGGGCCUAGUAGGUCUGACGUUGGUCUUUGCAACACCGAUGUGCUGUGCACUGUUCCCUCAAAAAAGUUCUAUCGCUACCAAUCACCUCGAGGAGGAUCUUCAAGCGAGUAUCAAGCAGAGAGGAGGAAGUAUCGACAGGGUUUACUUCAAUAAGGGUUUGUGAUGAAACGCUCAAUGACAUUAGUUAGGAGCAUAGAAAUAGAACUCGGAGAAAGCUGAGCUCAACCGUUCCAUGUGUUGUCAGUGGACGCGGCUUAUUGCACCAUGGGACAUACGUGUAUGGCGAAAUGAUCAUCACAGGAGUGCACGUGAGUGUUUUCAUUGGUCAAUGAUAAUGGCGCCUACUGUAUGGCAAAGAAGUGCAUACGCGCAUCGAUAAAAGUGGUCUCCUAACGAAAUCGCAUGCACAAUGUCACACUCAGCAUUCUCCGGGUUUUAUUUCUAUGGUUAGAAGUAAUCAAUUAUAAUGGAAUAAAAACAGCUUCUGUAGAGGAUUCAAUGUACGCACAAUGGGUGCGUUCGUUAAGCUUCCCUGGGUUGACCCCGGUCUUCCCCCGGUGAGUUCGAAUAGCUUUGACGUCA